AUGUCCAUCCAAGUUGAACAUCCAGCUGGUGGUUACAAGAAACUGUUUGAAACUGUGGAGGAACUAUCCUCACCGCUCACAGCCCAUGUUACAGGCAGGAUCCCCCUCUGGCUGACCGGCAGUCUCCUUCGAUGUGGGCCAGGACUCUUUGAAGUUGGAUCAGAACCAUUUUACCACCUGUUUGAUGGGCAAGCCCUCCUGCACAAGUUUGACUUUAAAGAAGGACAUGUCACAUACCACAGAAGGUUCAUCCGCACUGAUGCUUACGUACGGGCAAUGACUGAGAAAAGGAUCGUCAUAACAGAAUUUGGCACCUGUGCUUUCCCAGAUCCCUGCAAGAAUAUAUUUUCCAGGUUUUUUUCUUACUUCCGAGGAGUGGAGGUUACUGACAAUGCCCUUGUUAAUAUCUACCCAGUGGGGGAAGAUUACUAUGCCUGCACAGAGACCAACUUCAUUACAAAGAUUAAUCCUGAGACCUUGGAAACAAUUAAGCAGGUUGACCUUUGCAACUAUGUCUCAGUUAAUGGAGCCACUGCUCACCCCCACAUUGAAAAUGAUGGGACUGUUUACAACAUUGGUAAUUGCUUUGGGAAAAAUUUUUCAAUUGCCUACAAUAUUGUAAAGAUCCCACCACUACAAGCAGACAAGGAAGAUCCAAUAAGCAAGUCAGAGAUCGUUGUACAAUUCCCCUGCAGUGACCGAUUCAAGCCAUCUUACGUCCAUAGUUUUGGUUUGACUCCCAACUAUAUUGUUUUUGUGGAGACACCAGUCAAAAUUAAUCUAUUCAAGUUUCUUUCUUCAUGGAGUCUUUGGGGAGCCAACUACAUGGAUUGUUUUGAGUCCAAUGAAACCAUGGGCGUUUGGCUUCAUAUUGCUGACAAAAAAAGAAAAAAGUAUAUCAAUAAUAAAUACAGGACCUCUCCUUUUAACCUCUUUCAUCACAUCAAUACCUAUGAAGACCAUGAGUUUCUGAUUGUGGAUCUCUGUUGCUGGAAAGGAUUUGAAUUUGUUUAUAAUUAUUUAUAUUUAGCCAAUUUGCGUGAGAACUGGGAAGAGGUGAAAAAAAAUGCCAGAAAGGCUCCUCAGCCUGAAGUUAGGAGAUACGUACUUCCUUUGAAUAUUGACAAGGCUGACACAGGCAAGAAUUUAGUCACACUCCCCAACACAACUGCCACUGCAAUUCUGUGCAGUGACGAGACCAUCUGGCUGGAACCUGAGGUUCUCUUUUCAGGGCCUCGCCAAGCAUUUGAGUUUCCUCAAAUCAAUUACCAGAAGUAUGGUGGGAAACCCUACACAUAUGCAUAUGGACUUGGCUUGAAUCACUUUGUUCCAGACAGGCUCUGUAAGCUGAACGUCAAAACUAAAGAAACCUGGGUAUGGCAAGAGCCUGAUUCAUACCCUUCAGAACCUAUCUUUGUUUCUCACCCAGAUGCCUUGGAGGAAGAUGAUGGUGUAGUUCUGAGUGUGGUGGUGAGCCCUGGGGCAGGACAAAAGCCUGCUUAUCUUCUGAUUCUGAAUGCCAAGGACUUGAGUGAAGUUGCCAGGGCUGAAGUGGAGAUUAACAUCCCUGUCACCUUUCAUGGACUGUUCAAAAAAUCCUGA